AUUGCCUGGGAACCAGAGGUCCUUCUUCAGAUGAAAUCAUUAAAUUAGCAGAAGCAAAUGUCUUUUGGUCAGUUCAGGAACUGAAAUGUAUGGACACAGGGACUUUUGACAAAAAUGUGGAGCUUCUUGGGACUGUCUCAGGUUUUAACACCUCCCAGCUUAUUACCUUGAAGGAGAAAGCCAAGCAGGUCUGGGGAUCACUGCCAGACUGGAAGAGCUAUCAUAUUGUUUCCCUGGGACGCAUUGCUCUGGCACUCACCGAACCUGAAAUCAAAGAGCUGGAUUUGCAUUCUAUUGACACCAUUUCUGUACUCAGUCAGCAAACAGAAUGGACUCUUACCCAGGCAAGAUCUAUUUUGCAAGGUUUUCUAGAAGAUUCUGGCCAGACAAUCAGUACACUAAAAAGCUUUGAUUUAGUUGGAUUAGGAGCUAUUCUCUGUGCUUUGAACUCUACAGAAAUCAUGUUCAUAAGGACUGCUGAAUUCAGGGCUGCUAUUGCAAGAAUCGGCCUGUUGUUCUGUAGCACCCCUGUUCUGAGGCAGUUUAAGAAGAUGACGGAAGCCGUGUUUGGUACUGCUACCAGCUGGAACGGCUCUGUUUUACAGGAGAUUGGUACUGUAGCAGGUGGUUUGAAUGAGGAUGAAUUAAAAGCUUUUGAUAAAAACCUGAUGCCAUAUUUCCAGCCAAUAGCAAUAAGACUUAUACCUCCUGAAAUUUUCCAAGCAUUGUCCCCAGAACAAAUAGCAAACCUGGGUCCUGAAAAUGCCGCCAUGGUUACCAGAUCACAGUGUCAAUAUCUGAAUGCAUCACAGCUCCAGAGCCUUUGGCUGGCGCUGGACGGAGCCAGGACAAGCACCCCAGAGACACAAAACGGUGCAAGCAGUACCCAGGCAGUGGAAACCCCAGCACCAAGUG